UUUGAAAACGUUGGCUACGGUCACACUGCUUGCACCAAUAACAAAGACGGGUUUUUACAAGUAACUGCCAGCUAAUAUCACCAGCUAAACGGACCGAUUAGGGAUCUCGCUGUAAAAUGUCGGCCAGAAGAGCAACCCACGCAGGCAGCUGGUACACUGAUUCGGGCACUGAACUCUCCAGGCAGUUGGAUCGUUGGCUAGGUGCCGCUGAUCUCUCACAUGGACCGGCACGCGCCAUUAUUGCUCCACAUGCUGGAUACACGUAUUGUGGUGCCUGCGGUGCAUUCGCCUACCGCCAAGUUAGUCCUGUUGUCGUAAAAAGGAUCUUCAUUCUGGGUCCUUCGCACCACGUGCGACUCCGUGGUUGUGCCUUAUCUGUGGCGAAAAAAUACAGGACACCCCUCUAUGAUCUCAAAAUUGAUACUCAGGUCAAUGCUGAGCUGGAGAAGACUGGACAGUUUUCUUGGAUGGACAUGAAGACGGACGAAGAUGAGCACUCCAUCGAGAUGCAUUUGCCUUAUAUAGCUAAAGUAAUGGAGGACUACAAAGAUCAGUUCACCAUUGUGCCUAUCCUGGUGGGUUCGCUAAAUCCCGAGCAGGAGGCACAGUACGGCAACCUGCUGUCCUCCUACUUAAUGGACCCCACCAACCUGUUUGUGAUAUCCUCCGACUUCUGCCAUUGGGGCCAGCGCUUCAGCUACACGUACUACGACCGCUCCUGCGGCGCCAUCCACAAGUCCAUCGAGAAGCUGGACAAGCAGGGCAUGGACCUCAUCGAGACGCUCAAUCCGCAGGCGUUUACCGAGUACUUGCGCAAGUACAACAACACGAUAUGCGGUCGCCAUCCCAUUGGCGUGAUGUUGGGCGCUGUGAAGGCUCUGCAGGAUCAGGGCUAUGACAAGAUGAGUUUUAAGUUCCUCAAGUACGCCCAAAGCAGCCAGUGCCAGGACAUGGAGGACUCUAGCGUCAGCUACGCCUCAGGAUCCCUCGUCUUUGAGAUUUAAACGCAAUCAAGUAUUUUAGCCACUCAACAGCAUCCAUCUUCGUGGAGAUUUAAGCUUAACGUUUUUAUAAUUCUAGCAUCAAAUUGAAAAUUUAAAAUAAAUCCAAUUAUUUGAGAAA